AUGGGGUAUGAGGAGCGUGGGCUUGCCAGAGAUCCCACCCCCCGAUACCGCAUUGCCAACCGCCUAGACGGGGCUGGCGAGGUGGAGGUGGAAAACCCUCCCAACAGGUCGAGCAGACUUUUCGAGAAAAGUACUCACGCGCCCCCUUCCCCCUGCGCGUCUGGGGUUCUCUUCCCUCGAUCUCUCAACCGCGAUGAUGAGCUUUCACUCCUUGCGGCGUCGAACCCACGACGGACUCCUCCCCACACGACCAAAAGUGGAUCGGACUUUCCCGCACGAUCCGACGAGCAUCUGUCCGCGCCAAAGGGCCUCUCCGCCGCGUUAACGGCGGCCUUCUUUCCCCUCGAAAAGGGCGAGUUGGAUAGGGGUGGGGAGGGCUCCGCGCGCGAUGCGCGCCGCAUUCCACCGCGCCUUUCGCGAUCUUUCCACUGGCAGGGGUUUGAGUCCGCUACCACGACCCCGCCGGAUCCCGGCAUCGUGGCGGAUCAAGUGGUUUCUCCGUCCACAUCCGAAAGGGGUGAAAUCGAACUUCACGCACGACCUCUUUCCGUACCCUUGCGCUCAUCGCCAGGGUUUAUCGCAUCCCUCUCGCCUUUUCUCGCGCAGGUCUGUGGGAAGGGGGAGGGGUGGAGGGGUUCGGAUGGGGUGAUAUCGUCGGAGCCCGACCAACCCUCCCCUCGCCGCGCGGCUUCGCCAAACGAGGAGGUGGGGUGGGGUGGACGCACCUCCUCCCCCUUUCAACGAGAGCUAAGCAGCUUUUGCUCGGCAUCCUCGUCGUCGUUUUCACGCGGAAUGAAGGCAGCUAAGGGAUCGACGUUCGGCUCGGACACCGCACCCGAGGCUUUCAUGCACGCCGAGGUGAAACGGCGCCCGCGCAAACGAAGCGCGGCGACCGCGCGAUUGGAAGAGCGGGCGGAUUUUGAGGAUCUCACGCGACGUUUCGCACUCCGUCGUGCGUCGAUGGAGGCGGGUGGGGUCCCUGUUCUGACCGCCACGGAUCUUCUCGCCACGAUCGCCCCAGUGAUUCCUGGGGAAGGGGAAACCGCUACCACGCGGUGGAAAGGAGGAGGGGGUCGGGCGGGGCGACGGGGAACUCUCGAAAAGACCCCUCGCGUGGGUCUUUUGGGGUUGGAAAAGGCUCCGUCGCCGACGUCCUUUGCGGAUCGGGCGGCGCGUUUUUUGGAAGGGCCGCCUUGUUUCCCUUCUGCGCCGGAUUCCCCCGUUGCGGCCGCGCAGGUGCUUCCGGGAACGACGCCAAACGGGUGGGAUUUACCCCCUAUCGAGCUCUCCCUUCCACGGGAGGUGGGGGAAUCCGAACCGGUCGUUUCGCUUCUUCGGACGCGUGAGAUGCGAUUGGGGGACUACGCGCGGGAGCAGCUGCCGCUCCACCGCCUCCACGCGUCGGCUGGGAUGGGAGGGAACGUCUUGGAAGGGGGCGGGGCUUCUCUCCUCCGAGUGAGGGGAUCGCGACGAUCCACACCACCGAGCUACUGGGAUACCUCUUUUCCACCUGAUGUUUUGAAGUGA